AUGGACAGCGAGGGCCGGAAGAUAAUCGUGUGCGACAACGGAACCGGUUUCGUGAAGUGUGGUUACGGCGGCUCUUCGGGAUCCAACUUCCCGUUGCAUACGUUCCCGUCGAUCGUCGGCCGACCCAUCAUUAGAGCCGCACAACGAAUAGAUGACAUCGAAGUGAAAGACUUAAUGGUAGGCGAAGAGGCAAAUAAGUUGCGAUCACUGUUGGAGUUGUCGUAUCCCAUGGAAAAUGGCAUUGUCCGUAAUUGGGAGGACAUGUGUCACGUAUGGGACUAUACUUUCUAUAAUCGUUUAGGGAUUGAUCCGAAAAAUUGCAAGAUUUUGUUAACCGAACCGCCGAUGAAUCCCAUCAACAAUCGGAAAAAGAUGAUUGAAAUGAUGUUUGAAAAGUAUGGCUUCCAUUCCACUUAUAUCGCCAUUCAAGCGGUGCUCACACUCUAUGCUCAGGGUCUAAUGACUGGUGUUGUGGUUGAUAUCGGCGAUGGAGUCACCCAUAUAUGUCCUGUUUAUGAAGGCUAUGCUUUACCGCAUUUGACACGGCGUCUGGACAUAGCCGGCCGUGAAGUCACUCGAUAUCUGAUUAAAUUGCUAUUACUUCGUGGCUAUGCCUUCAAUCAUACGGCAGACUUUGAAACGGUUCGUAUGCUUAAGGAGAAGAAGUGUUACAUCGCUUACAACUGCGAACAGGAACAACGAUUAGCACAGGAGACCACUUACUUGACUGAGACUUACACUCUACCCGACGGACGUGUCAUAAAACUAGGCGGUGAACGCUUUGAAGCUCCCGAAGCUUUAUUCCAACCGCAUUUGGUCAACAUUGAAGGACAGGGGAUUGCGGAACUCCUGUUCUCCACUAUAAACAGCGCCGAUAUGGACAUCAGAAGUGAUUUGUAUAAACAUAUAGUACUGAGCGGUGGCUCUACUAUGUAUCCCGGACUCCCAUCAAGACUUGAACGAGAAUUAAAACAAUUAUAUUUAGAGCGAGUUCUGAAGGGAGAUGUCGACAAAUUACAGAAAUUCAAGAUCCGUAUCGAAGACCCGCCGCGAAGGAAAGAUAUGGUGUUUAUCGGCGGCGCUGUUUUGGCCGACGUUAUGAAAGAUAAGCCACAGUUUUGGCUCACAAAACAACAAUACGAAGAGAUGGGUAUCGACCGACUGAUGCAAUCCAAAUACGGCACCGGAUCUAAUAAGUUCUUCGAUAAUUCAAACGAUUAAUACCCGGUUAUCGUUGUCUACAUUCCCGGCCCAACAAUCACAUAGUAUUCUGUCCUCGAAUGCAAAUGAGACUUGAGUUUUAUAUUAUAAACUAAAUAUAAUUUAUUAUUUUUAAUAAUUGUAAUUUUAAACAAAAUUAAAAAUGACUUAAAAUGAUUAGAAA